AUGAAGUUUGUUUUGGUACUGGCUUUGAUUUGUGUUGGAUUUGCCCAAGGCUUCUUCUUUGAUGAGUACCCAGCUGCUAAGGGUAAGACUUAAUCUAGUAAAAAACGAAUUUGUUUUAGCCUAUAAAACACCUUUAAAUUUUUUUAGAUUUUUCAAUUUUAACAUCCAAAUUUUUAGCCCUGAUCCCAUCCGACAUUGCCGACUUCAUCCACAAACUUCGCCCCGAUGAAGUUGCCAUAAUCAAGGCUGCCAAUGCCCGCCAUCCAGGCAAUAUCAAAGCAAUCAUUAAAGACAUUGAGCACACUUCACCAGCGCUCGCCAUUAAAGCUACCCCCAUUGCUCGCAAAUACCAAAAAAUCGUACAAAGUUUCACCCCAGCCGGGCGAAAGUUCUCGGACGAACUUUUAAAGUCGAUCUCAUUGGCCGCUAUUAGCCCAAGCGACAGCAAGGUACAAACGACCGCUCAAAGUUUGUUGACCAAAUGGAACGCCUUGGAUAAGACUACCCAAGCUCAACUUAACGCCAAGUUCCCUAAUGCUUUGAGCGGACUUCAAAGUAAGGGUUUUAGAAACUUGAAUUAAAAUUUUGAUUUUUAAGCCACUAAAAUUCAAAUUUUAAAACUGUCAAAAAUCACCUUAUAACAAUUAGCCAAAACUUAUAAUGUUACACUAUGUUUUCAGAAAAACCUAUAUUUUUACUAUUUUCCAGAGCUAGCCAAAGAAGGCCCAACCUCAUUCCGCGCCCGUGCUGCCGCCGCUCCACGUAAACCCGUUUCAAACCCAAUCCCUCAACGCAAAUUCCUGAAAGAUGCUCCAAAGAAAGCCGCUAAGCCCGCUGCACGUGCUGCUCCCAACGUCCGCCCACAAAGCACCGUCUCUCAAGGUUAA